UGACAGUCCAUUGUCGAAUGCAAUUUUCUUAUUUCUUUUAUGAGUUGUUUUCAUUUAGCCACACGGGCGAAGUAAAUUUGCAUAGCUGUAAAGAACAAUUUCCACUUCAAAAUGCCACCAAAAAAAGCUCCAGCUGCAAGCAAGAAAACCGAGCAGAAGAAGAAGGAAAAAAUCAUUGAGGACAAGACUUUUGGUUUGAAAAACAAAAAAGGUUCCAAACAACAGAAGUUCAUACAGCAAGUACAGAAACAAGUACAAUCUGGUGGCCAACAUCCACGUACCGAUGGCGAUAAGCGUAAGGAAGAUAAGGAGAAAAAAUUGCAGGAGCAACGUGAGUUGGCCAUGAUUUUCCGACCGAUACAAGGACAGAAAGUGGAAAAGGGUACCGAUCCAAAAUCUGUGGUAUGUGCGUUCUUCAAACAGGGUACUUGUACGAAAGGUGAUAAAUGUAAAUUCUCGCACGACUUAUCAAUUGAACAAAAGACCGAGAAGCGUUCUAUAUAUGUAGAUAUGCGCGAUGAUGAUCCUGAUGAUAAUAUGGCAAACUGGGAUGAUGCGAAAUUGAAAGAAGUCGUGGAUAAAAAGCACGCCGACGAGAAGAAGAGACCAACAACUGAUAUUAUUUGCAAAUACUUCCUUGAAGCUGUGGAGAAAUCCAAAUACGGUUGGUUCUGGGAAUGUCCCAAUGGAGAGAAAUGUAUUUAUCGUCAUGCACUGCCCCCUGGGUAUGUGCUCAAGAAGGAUAAAAAGAAGGACGAUAAACCAAGUGAGAUUUCAUUAGUUGAUCUAAUAGAAAGAGAACGCGCUGCUCUUGGUUCAAGUCAAACACGCGUCACAUUGGAAACAUUUUUGGCUUGGAAGAAACGUAAAAUACAAGAGAAGAAAGAGAAAAUGGCAGCUGAGGAAGAAAAGAAGAAGAGUGAUUUCAGCAAGGGCAAACAAUUUGGCAUAUCUGGUAGAGAAAUGUUCAGCUUCAAUCCUGAUCUGGUCGAUGAUGGACCAAUGGAGGAAGGUGAUGCUGCAUUUGACAACUACGCACGCUCCGAUGAUGAAGAUGCAGUUGAAUUCAAGGAAUUGGAUCUGGCGGCACUUUCGCUUGCAGCGCAGGAAGCUGAUGGCUCGGGUACUGUAGCAUCGGAAACUCGUUUGCAAUCCGAUGCGGCGGCGAAGAAAGAGGAGGAGGAAGCAGCCGCGGCCAUAAACGAUGAGAGUAACACACCUGCUAACGAUGCGGCACCCAUCAAUAAAGAACUUUUCAUGGGCCUCGUAGAUGAGCUAGAUGAUUUGGACAUUGAUGGUGACGAUGAUGACGACUAAACAAUUUUUUAAAUUUGAAAAAAAAAAAACCACGCGCCUCUUCAUAUUGGCAAAAAAGAAAUAACUUGGUCAAAUCUGACACAGCAUGCAGUUUACAAAACUAGAGAAUAAUAUACAUACAUACAAGUAAAUGCAGUACAUUAUUAGCUUCCUUGAGAUAAUGUUAUGUUGGAAUGCAAGAAUUUAUUAAACACUAUAAAAUCCUCA